CGGUCACCAACUGUCAAAUUCGUUUGAAGGUUUGACGUGUCUUUUAUUUAUGGAAAGGACUUGAACAUAAUUUCACGAAAAAUAACAAGUGAUAAAACAUGAGUUCUAUUAUAAUUACUUUCUAGAGGUAUAAAGUGUAUAGCAACGCACGUAAAAAAAAUGGAUUUCCUCAAAAGCGGUAUUAAGACUGUUCUGGGGUCUCCAGAGGUCGGCACUGCCGCACCGUCUCCAGCUGAAACGGUCGAGCGACUAGUGGAGCGCGUUACGAAUUCUACACUGCUUCAAGACCGCAGAGACAGCUGCCGUGCGCUCAAAGCACUCUCGCAGAACUACCGCAUUGAAGUCGGUGCCCAGGCCAUGGAUGCUCUCCGUCAGGUACUAGAAUUAGACAGAGCAGACAAUGAGACGAUACACUACGCACUUGACACCCUUAAAAAUAUUAUGUCUCCAACUCUUUUCAAAGUUGAAGAGGACAACCACCAAGUUCCUUGUAACAUCGGGGAACAGUUCACUGAAAUGUUCAUUAAAGAUCCACAGAAUGUGCAGCUUGUGUUAGAUCUUCUUGACGAAUACGACUUUCGCGUGCGACUCUCAGCCGUACAGCUACUUACUUUCAUGCUCACGAACAGGACCCGUGACAUCCAAGAGAUCAUUCUAGUCAAACCAAUGGGAGUAUCCAAGAUGAUAGACCUCCUCGGAGACACCCGGGAAGUCGUAAGAAACGAAACAUUGUUGCUUUUAAUAAAACUGACAAAGGGCAAUGCCAACAUACAGAAAAUAGUAGCGUUCGAGAAUACAUUCGACCGAUUGUUUGAGAUAAUUGCGAGCGAAGGACACGCCGAGGGCGGUAUCAUCGUAGAAGACUGUCUGUUACUGAUGUUGAAUCUGCUGAAGAACAACAGCAGCAAUGUGAACUUCUUCAAAGAGGGUAGCUACGUGCAGCGUCUGCUACCACUGCUGGCGACGCGCGACGACGAGGCCGAGGAGGCCGGGUGGGCGGCGCAGCGCGUGGCCAACGUGCAGGUCACGCUGCUGGUGGUGCGCGCUCUGGUGGGCGGGCAGGGCGCGGGCGCGGGCGGCUGUCGACGCGCGGUGCGGGCGGGCGGCGUGCUGGCGGCGCUGUGCGGCGUGCUCAUGUCGAGCGGAGUGCCGGCCGCCGUGCUUGCCGACACCAUCCUGGCGGUGGCCGACGCGGUGCGCGCCGAGCCCGAGUCGCAGGACUACCUCGCGCAGGUCACCGCGCCCUCCGACCCGCCUCGACCCACUCUUCUCGUCCUGCUCAUGUGUAUGCUCAACGAGAAACAGCCAUUCCAACUUAGAUGUGCGGUGCUGUACUGUUUCGAGUGCUUCCUGUACCGGAACGAGAGCCAGCAGGCGGCGCUGGUGUCGACGCUGCUGCCGACGGCGGGCGAGGCGGCGCGGCUCACGGCCGGGCAGCUGCUGUGCGGCGGGCUGUUCUCGCGCGACGCCGCCGCCAACUGGUUCGCGGCCGUGGCGCUGUCCCACGCGCUGCGGGACAACCCCGAGCAGAAGCGGCGGCUGCUGCGCGUGGUGGUGGCGGCGGCGGGCGGCGGCGCCCCCGAGUCGCUGGUGUCGCAGUGCGGGCGCCUGCUGCAGCGCGCGGCGGACGCGCGGGCGCAGGUGGCGCUGCUCAUGCUGCUGUCGCACUGGGCGGCGGGCUGCCCGGCCGCGGCCGCCGCGCUGCUGGGGGGCGGGGGCGCCGUGGGCUGGGCGGUGUCGCAGGCCGCCGACACGGACGACCCGCUGCUCUCGGGGCUAGCUGCCUUCCUGCUGGCGCUGCUCUACCACUACAAUGAUGACUCCGUACCCGAAUACACCAAGGAGGCGCUGAAGCAGGUGAUCGUGAAGCGCAUCGGUCUGGAGGCGUUCGUGUCGCGGCUGUCGAGCGUGUCGCGGCUGGAGCCCUACAGCGCCGCCUCCAAGCAGCCGCAGCCCGUCGUGGCGCAGCCGCACCUGCUCUCGCUCGACUACGAGUUCUGCAACUUGUACCGGGAACACGAGAGCCUGCUGCUGUCGGGGCUGGCGGCGGAGGGCCCCGCGGAGGCGGAGCACCCCGACACCCUGGCGCAGUACCGCGCGCUCAUCCGCCAGCAGGACGCGCGCCUGCACGAGCUGGUGGCGCAGCUGGACCAGCUGCUGCACAACAACCGCACCCUGCAGAACACAUUGAACGACUCUCUAGCGACAAAUUCUCACCUUAAAGACGAGAAUACACUGUUAAAAGCGCAAGUGUCGGCCGCCGGCGCCAUGUCCGCAGCGCCCCGGGGCAGCACCACGCACGACGCUGAGCUCAAAGAGCGAGAGCUCCAAGAGAAAAUCGAACUACAGGACGCUAAACUGCGCGAGUACGAAAGUGAGGUGGAGGAAUUGAGGACCGCUCUGAGAACUGCUGAGGAGGGGAGGCGGAAGGCAGAGGAAGAACUCGUCACCCUGAGGAAGGACCAAGAUGACUUGCUCGUGCUCGUGGCUGACCAGGAUUUGGAGUUGAACAAGUACAAAGAGCUCGUGGUGUCUGCACAGGGCGGGCGGGCCCCGGCGGAGCCCUGACCGGAGCGCGCGCCCCCACGCGGACCUGUGCGGAGACCAGCCCUCGGGACUUGUGAACACAUCCCGAUGAAUCUAUAUUUAUACAAACAAAUAAUACAGUAAUAUUAAAGUUGAGGACAUAUGCGCUUAUCGCUUAUUCAGAAACAAUAUCCUGCAGACUCGCGGCUGAAGUACAAGGACAAUAUAAAAAUGAUGUGUGUGUGCUGACUCUUAAUCUGUAAGAUUAAAAAUUAUAUCACACUGUUAGUGUAGCUUUAUGCCUUAAAAAAUGAGUUACCGCAUUUUCGUGGUGUAAAGAUCGAACAUGUGUCGGGGUAUUUGACUAUAAUAGCGACCCGGCAUGCUGGUCCUCUCGUGGGAGGUAUCCCGGGUGCCGCCAGGGCCGCCUGCUGUACCCUAACGGCGUCCCCCAGCGAGCUGCCCGUCUAGCUGUAGUGUUGAUCUCGGGCCCCCCUACCCAGCCCGGGUCCAGUCCCGCGGAGGGUGGGGGGGGGAGUCAUUUACUGAGCGGGCCAUUAACAUCCAUUCGUCUAAUGCCACAUGUCCCUCGUAGAAGUUUCGGCUCCCGGUCAGGGUAUUUGACUAUUGAAUAAUAAAGGUUAAUUGCAAUUUCAUAGAUUACUACUAUUGUUUUAUUUUUUAAGUUAAAGGCGAGAUAGCUGAGAGUUUGCAACAUUAACGGUGCGCGCCGGUCGCUCGCCAUUAUAUUAAGAAACAACAUAGUGUAUCAGAACAUAAAUAUCGGUUUUAAAAACUAAACGAACCACGUAACCAUUGAAGGAUUCUGUCAGCCACUUCAGAUCAUCAGUAGACUGACUUCGUGCUCCCAUAUUAGUGUUUGAAUUGAAAGAUAGCAUUAUAUUUAUACAGUUUGAUACAAGUCAAAAUUAUAGUCUUUGUGGCCUAGCGAAUAGAACACCCGCUAUUUUUGUAUCGAGGCGUGCCGAUAUGGGGAGGUUCAAAUCCAUAGCUACCUUUUUUUUUAAAACAUACGAUUUCAAAAAAAAUCGGAUACAAUAAAACAAUCUAAAAUCUACUUUUUAUGUUUUUUUUUUAAUAAUCUAAGUUGCUAUGUACACUGCGUUAUAUCAAUAAAAGGGGCACUUUUUUGUUACAUAAAAUUGACUUACUUUUAACAGCUUCAUAAUUAUAUUUCGUUGAAACUGCGAAGGAGACUAAAUUGCCUAAAACGAUGUCCAAAUUGUAUAAUGUUCGGAAUGAAAAUUAUCAUAAAUCUUUUUUUUUUAGUGUUACCAUUACAACUGUCUUAUUUUUUUAGAAUAAAUUAAUAUAUUGUUAAUGGCUGUAAGAAUGGACUGUAAAUUGAUGAUAUUGUUUAAAUAGAUUUUUAUUAUAAUAUUUUCUUUGUUUCUGAAAAAUAAAGAAUGUUGUUUUCAUCCAG